AAAUCAAACACUCCUCAUUUCCUAGCAACGGUCCUUAGAUACGAGCUGGAGGAAGCGCGCUCGCUGUGGCGGACUGACAACAACACAACAACAUGGAGCCUCUUCGGCAAAGGGGGGAGGCUUCUUCUCAGACGUCGGCAGAUGAACUGGAAGCUCCAAGUCAAAGCCUUGCCAGUCCGGAUCAGACGCAGCCCAGACUGGAAACGGAUGGCCUGGAGCUUAGAGAGCCAUGGAGGUGUGCUUUACAGCCAGAUUUUCAGGACAGUAACCUCUCUCCAGCUCUUCACCUGCUGCCUGCAGACUCUGGAGUGGAACACAACUUCACUGAAUACUCUUUAUUUCAUCAAAGUGAGAAUGAAUUUGUUCCUCUAAGGGCAUACCCUGACAUUUCCAUGGCGUCAGAGAGGUCACACUUCCCCCCGAAUAUCUUUAGUCAGGCUUCAGAGCGUGGCUCACUAUCCCAGCACCCUUUGACCCAGGCAACCAUCCUGUCUGAAGAAGGAGCCAGCAGCUGCUGCUCUCUUUCCCAGCACAGUUUGUCCCCAAGGAACAACAGCAAAGGGAAAGAAACUCUUCAAGCCCCACUGAUGACUCCAUCCGACAGACAGGGAGUAUCGUCCAGUGAUGACUCGUAUUCCAAAAAGAAGGACUUUGAGAUGCUUCCUAAGCUUUCUGACAAAAGAACAGGAGACGCUGAUGAGGAUGAGACUUUCUUUUUGAGUAAAGAUGUUCCUGCCCAGCAUCUCCUGGACCUCCUUCAGAAAGACUUUGGCAUGCCGAGCAGCAGUAGUAGUGCUGUUUCCUCUGCCUCUGAGACCUCACUGAAGACCGCUGCAUCUUUUGCAGAGCAGGUUAAAAGCACUGAAGUCUGCAAACCAGACCAAAUCACAGCUAGGAGAGAGGGUCCUACUGGUGAAGUGUCUCUCCCACAGAGACAGAAACAACCACCUGAAAGAGAUUUAUACUCUACCCAAUCACAAAGACUGUCAUCCGAGGUCUGUAAUAUCACAAUGGGGCAUCGCAGCACUCAACCUGAUGAGAGCAGUGAGAUGUUACACAGAGAGCUGCUGAGCGAGGUAGAGAGGCGCAACAGCUGUGAAGCUGCGUCUAAAAGCAAACAGCAGAAAAGUCCUACACCACCGAGUGAGUCUUUCACACCGUAUCCCCAAGAGAGGAAUGAAGGAAAGCCGAGUGUGAGCAAAGCAAAUGUGGGUGGCGGGCCAUGGACAGGGCCAUUUUCAACAGGUGUGGAACGGGGCCUCAGAGAGCAUGACCUCUGGUCCUCGGGGAACCAAACAGGGAUUGAUGGGUCCUACCUGGGUUUCCUUCCUCAGUCUCAGUCCACUCCAGGAGUUCUUAAGGCCCCACCCAAAUCCACCGUCAAGCUUAAAAUAGGGCAACUUUCUGACAUAGAAUCCAUUAAAGAGACCUCACAUCAGUCGAGCACGGGGAUGUCCUCACAGCCAGCUUUACCUCGGGCUGAUGUUCACAAUCCAGACACAGCAAAUCAGAGACAAGAGGAGGUGACCUCAGCAGAGGUCCAGUCUCUCCCAAGUGUCAACUUUAUGCAGAAAGUAGACGCUUGGAGGGCAAACCAGAGCUCAGGCAAGACGUCACUAUUUGACAGCUUAGCACUGCAGGGGUUCUCUGGAGUCUCCCCUAAAAAGAAAGCUUACGAAGCAGUGUCUGACACCCUGAAUCGCAUCCUGAGCGAGCAGGCGAGGAGUUUACAGCAGCCUCCUGUUUCAAGUGCAGACAAUCUGAACGUCACACAGAGCUCCUCCGUGGAUCCCUCUGCCUCUUCUCCAAGAAGAGGGGAGGCUGUGGGCAGCGCUCCCAUUGAGAAGAAUAACACAGGGUCUGCGGCGAGACCUUCUGCCUCACCCUACGGCAGGUCUCAGAGUCACUCCUCGAUUAACACGGUCAUGUCAGUACAGAAAGAUCAGCAAACAGAAACGCCUGCAGAAAACAAGAACAGCCAUUCUCAAGAUGAUGUCGAUCACCAGCAGAGUGCCGCCAUCCAACCCUCGCCUUUCAUGAGCCUCGGUCAGUUCAGUGACGUGUCACCUGAUCUAGACUCGACACUCUCAAGUGGCUACAACUAUGAAAUUAAAUUAGAAACGUCCAUCGGAGCUUCUUCUGUUGUCAGCCUGGAGGUCGAUAACUACGCCCCAUAUUGGACUUCCAAACUAUCAACACCUCCACCUCCACCCAGGCCUCGAGAGUUCAACAUUGAAGAAAGAAUACCGUUGUAUCUCCAUAACCUGGGUAUUGACCAGUCUCCCUCCACAAUCUUAACUCCGUUUGCACCCAAAGGGCCAAUCAGAGAGCCUGAAUUCUCCCCCACUGAUCUCAGUACGAUAAAAGGAUCUAUUGGAACCCCCACCAAGAGCACGCAGCCCUCUGAAGGUGGCAGUCCUCGGAAAGGAGAGUUUUCAAGGUGCAGCGUUCUGUCAGUGGACUCCAGUGUGUCCAUACCUUUCAGCCUGGACAGUCUCGGUCCAGCUGUUUCUAUCCAAGAGCGACCCAGACGGGCUUCUCCUUCAUCAGUUACAGAAGCUGUGCAGAGUGAACAAAGACGGGCUACGUCCUCUGAGCCUGAAGAAGACACUGAUCCCUCCACGCUGCAGACCGCCCUGCAGCAGCAGAGAGGCAGCAGCUUCAGCAGCAGCCAGAAUACCAUCCGGUCAACUUUGCAAACGAGCCGCAGUCUAGAGGAGACCGCAGAAGACUCUUUUGUCAGCUCCAGGACCCUGUUUGAGAUACGUAAACUCCUCUCUCAGGCGGAGAAUGUGGUAUCUGCCGGGUCUUCUGUGGCGUCCUCAGCCUCCCCUGCGGCCCCCCGUCUGCCCCCUGAUAACGACAUAUUCCUGUCUCUGAGGAAGACAGCCAGCGGGCCUCAGGAGUCCUCAUUCUCCUCUUGGGCUGCUGAAGAUCCCAGAACUCAGUCCUCCACGCUGUGGGCAAGAUCCUCAUCCGACCCCCUGCUGACUUCAGAUAAAGUGAGAGAGCGCUCCAUUGGUCGAGAGAGCAUGACAUCAUCAUCGCAGACAAAUUUUCCAGCAACAGGUGCACACAGAAGGCAACAAGAUAACAUUGUUAGUGGAGAUGCCGGGCUGUCCUUUGUCCUCUCCCAGUCAGCACGGCGGUCAGAGCCUGAGGGCUGCAGUGCUGCACCUCCUGAUAACACCGUCCCUCCACAGCAACCAAUCACCAAGCCUUCACCAGAGCUGAGUGCAACACAGCUCACGUCUACUCCUGCUGCAGACACGGCAGCUGUGACAGAGGAGGAAACUCAGACUACUCCUCCGAGUCCUGUGCAAAGCAGCUCCUCCUCAACCGUCCCCGAGGAUCAGAGCGUGAUGAGUGUUGGGAGCAGUGAGAGCUCGCUGGCUGUCAGAGUGGCCAAGUUACUGCAGAAUGAGUCUCCAUCCACCAUGGUGUCCAGUACAGCCAGCACUACUGACCAAGAGGAGAGACAAGCUAGAGAAUGGAUCAAGCUGAAGAUAUCCGGACAGCAGUGCGAGCCUCUGGAGUUAGACAAAGAAGACAGACGACGGAUCGAAGAGAUCAAGAGAGAGCUGCUGUUAAAAGAUCCAAUCAAGAGUCCUAGGAGCACAGAUACUGAGAGCAGUGCAGCGUCCAGUGUCAGAAUGCCAAAGUUUCCAUCACAGCAGGUGGAGACGUUAACUUCCACGGCUGAUGCUAACAAACGACCAUCGCAGCCGCAGCUCGACCUCAGCACAGACCUCUCUGCCUCCAACAUUCACCUGCACACCCCCCUUCCAUCAAAUCUAGAGGCUCAGGUUCGCGAGAUAGCUGCCAGAGAAGGGGUGACCCUCCCGAAGACAAACCCUGUGGCCCUCACGUCGAUCACAAUCGCCACCCGCAAGCGCUCCACCUCCUCCUCGCCAUCCACGUCGCCCGCACCUCCCGUCAGUCCAGCGCCAGAGAUGCUCCAUCUGAACGAGCUCUCCACAGAAGCAGUGCAACAUGCUACGGCUAACAUCCAGCUUCCCCACGGGCGGAAGAAGACGGUGCGACCAGGAAUCUAA